CAUACGUUGCGGUUGAUUUGCGGGCAAGCGCGCGUGCAUUCGUUUCGAUUCUUUUAUCGAGAAGCGGUUUCUUUUUGGUUUGCAAAAAUCGUGUUUAUUUUUUUGUUGUUUGUCCAGUGAUUUGAUAAGCAUUAUCAGUGCCAUGUGUUAUGAAACAACAACAAAAUGAGUUAAAUCUUCUUUUUUUUUUCUACUAUAACAUAUUUUGCCAUUUACACUUCAACGUUUUGCGCGGCGACCGGCAAAAAGGUCAAGCGAAGCAGCUGAACAAAACAAAACAAAAAAUAUAAACAACAACAACAAGUGCAGCAUCAUAGAAGCAGCAGCAACAACAACGACUUUUGGAAAGCAGUCCAAGCAACAACAACAACAACUGUAGGCUACCUGUUGAGCGUAGCGCCGCAGUCGCAGCCAACGUCGCUGCCGCUAAUAGACUGGCUUAAGCUGGAAGGUUAAGAGCGAUUUGCAAGUGUCCGUUGCAUGUCGUUAACAGUUGUGUUGUUGUUGUUGUUGUAACUGUUGUUGUAGCAGCGCAUCUAGAAUAACAGCAACAAAAAUGACAAAGCCUCAAUCUUCGCCGCGUUCGAACUUCUUCGAGAGUCGAAUUCAUUUGGCGCUCUUCGCCCUUUUCGCCGCGAACGUAGUCUCGUGCUUCAAUCUGGAGCAGAGGCAGCCGCUGAUCAAGUACGGGCAUCCCAACUCGAAUUUCGGCUACUCGCUGGCCACGCACACCAUCGGCGAAUAUAAUUGGCCCAAUAACACAAAAUGCCUUCUGGUGGGCGCGCCCUUGGACCGGAAUCGACAGCCGAACACGAAUGAAUCGGGCGCCCUGUACAGGUGCCCCAUCUCGACGGACUACAACGAUUGCGAGCAGGUCAUCACCGAUGGACGAAGAUCAUCUGGCGGAGCUUAUGAACCUACCUACGAUGUCGACGAACUGAUACCGCCAUCUAGCGACGAAAUCAAGGAGGGACAAUGGAUGGGCGUUACUGUACGCUCCCAAGGCCUAGGCGGCAAGGUGCUGGUCUGUGCGCAUCGCUACGUGACGAUUGUGCGCGAGAAUCGCUAUGGACAAGGUCUGUGCUAUGUCCUGACCAACGAUCUACAGUUCGACGAGGUCUACGAGCCAUGCAAAGGACGCUCCGUGCAGAGGCAACACGAGGACUACGGCUUCUGUCAGGUGGGCACCUCGGGCGCCCUGCUGGAUGACAAUACAAUGGUGCUGGGCACACCGGGCCCGUUCACGUGGCGCGGCGCCAUUUUCGUGACCGAGAUUGGGGGCGAGUAUCUGGAGCGUGACAAGAAUAUGUACUAUAGCGAUCACUCCGACGCCAGCUCCCCGGUGGAUAAGUACAGUUAUCUGGGCAUGGCCGUAACGGGCGGCCGUUACUUUGGGGAGCGGAUGUCGUAUGCGGCAGGUGCGCCCCGGUCGAACGGCCACGGCCAGGUGGUAAUCUUCGACAAGGCGAACACAAGUCCGAUACCCGUGCGGCUGAUCAUCGACGGGGAGCAGUUCGCCUCGAGCUUCGGCUAUGAGCUGACCACGGCGGACAUCAAUGGGGAUAAGAAACCGGAUCUGAUUGUCGCCGCGCCCUUCUACUUCUCGAAGAGCGACGGCGGCGCCGUCUAUGUGUAUCAGAACGCCAAGGAUAUGCUGCCCAGGCAGGCGACGCUGCGUCUGACCGGCGCCCUGGAGAGUCGCUUCGGUCUGGCGCUGGCCAACAUUGGGGAUCUGAACAAGGACAGAUGCGAGGAUCUGGCCGUGGGCGCGCCCUACGAGGGCGACGGCGUCGUCUACGUGUAUCUCGGCUCGCGUCAGGGCCUCAGCGAGAAGCCCUCGCAGCGGAUUCAGGCCUCCGAGCUGGGCCGCAAUCUGCCCCAGCCGAUACGCACCUUUGGCAUCUCGCUGGCGGGCAACACGGAUCUCGAUGGCAACUCGUAUGUGGAUAUGGUUGUGGGCGCCUUGCCCGCCGCCGUCGUCCUGCUGGCCCGGCCCAUCAUCAACAUCCAGACGACCUAUCGCAGCAACGAGACGCGCAAUAUCGAUCCGAAUCGUGCCGGCUGCCGCAUGGAUGUGUCCACGAAUCUAACGUGCUUCACGUUCGAGGCGUGCAGCAGCAUCGAUCCGCACGAGCAGCUGACCAAGGAGCUCAAUCUGAUGCUCAGCGUCGAGGCGGAGACCUUCGAGCAUCACAAGAAAUUCUCGCGCGUCUUCUUCGAUCGGGAUAACAAGCGCAGCAACAUAAUCAGUCGACCGGUUCGCGUCCGCACCGAUGGCCGGAUCGAGUGCCAAAUGGUCACCGGUUACAUCAAGGCCAACACUCGCGACAUCCAGACGCCCAUUCGCUUCCGGCUCGACUACAAGCUGGAGGAGCAGCCGCUGGCCGAUUCGCCGCUCGACCGGCUCAAUCCCAUCCUUGACCAGACGCAGGCCUAUAUCGAGUUCGAGGGCACCUUCCAGAAGGAUUGCGGCGAUGAUGAUCUCUGCGAGAGCGAUCUGCGACUCCAGGCGGAGCCCAAUCUGACGCCAGAGGACGGUCAAUACUCACUGAUCCAGGGCAACAAAACGGAACUUGAGGUUAUGGUGAACGUGAGCAAUCUGGCGGACUCGGCGUACGAGGCGCAGCUCUUUAUCGUGCAUCAGAAGAGCGUCUCCUACAUAGCGACCAAGAAGCCGACGAACGCGACGUGCAACAGCUUCAACACGACGCUGGUGGCCUGCAGCCUGGGCAAUCCGAUGCUGCGGGGUACCACGACGCACGUAACGAUACGGUUCGAUCCGAACAGUUUGGAGCUGGAGGAGUCACAAAUGGUGUUCCACAUCUUUGCGAAUAGCACGUCGAAGCUGGUCGGUGAGCAGAAGCCGGAGCGACGGCUGACCGUGCUGAUGGUGCGCCGGGCGGAGCUGACGGUGCGCGGCUGGGUGAAUCCGGAGCAGAGCUUCUAUAGCGGCGCGGCCAAGCUGCAGGACUCGCCCAUGGAGCUGGACGAUGUCGGCUCGCCGCUGGUGCACACCUAUUCGAUCUUCAACGAGGGUCCCUCGGCGGCGCCCAAGGUCCAGCUGGUGAUCUCCUUGCCGCUGAUGCUGGAGAGCGGCCAGGGCCAGGGCCGGGAGCUGGAGCAGGGCGCCAAGGAUCAGUAUCUGCAAUAUUUGGAGGACAAGCCGAGCAUCGAGACCGGCCAGGGCGAGUGCACGGUGGCGCCCGAGUACAUCAAUCCGCUCAAGCUCGCCUCCAAGGUGCCAGCCAGCCUGCGCAGCGCCUCCUACCUGAACGCGCCCGCCUCCAUGACCAAGUGGCCGCUCCACCGACAGCUCUCGGCGACGCCAGCCAAAUCUCUCAAUCUCAGCCAGAGCCAGAGCCAGCACAAGUCUGGGCAGGAUUACGGCCGGGCGAAUCGCUUGCCGCGCAACACGCUGGAGCGCAUUGUCCGGCCGGAGCGCUUCAUGGACGGACGGAUGGAGGCCGGCGUCAAGGGCAAGAAGCAGCAAAUUGUCGAGCUCAACUGUGACAAGCUGACGGCGCACUGCAUCAAGAUCCAUUGCGAAUUUUUCGCGAUGCCGGCCAAGACGGAGGCGCAGGUCACCAUCAAGGCGCGACUCUGGAACUCGACGCUGGUCGCCCAAUAUCCUCGGGUCGAUCUUGUCCGCAUCAUAUCCACCGCCCAUGUCAAAAUACCCCAAAACUUUGGUGUCGAGCAGCUCGAGAACAAUGACAAUGUCUUGGUGGAGACACGCGCCUAUCCGGAACUGUUGGACCAGCAGCGGGAGACGCAUACGCCGCUGUGGAUCUACAUAUUGGCCGUGCUGGGCGGUUUGCUGCUGCUCGGCGCGUUCACGUAUGCGAUGUGGAAGUGCGGAUUCUUUAAGCGAAAGCGGCCAACGGAUCCAACGCUGAGCGGCAAUCUGGAGAAGAAUAACGAGGAGAAGCCCUUCCUAGGCGCCAAGAGUAGCCAUAAUGUUUUCUAACAAGAGGGCACCGUCGGCUGGGAUCUGGUGCGACGCAUUGCACCCGCCAGGAAGCGCACAAGGCUCCGGCUCCGGCUCAGGCUCAGGCUACGGCAGCUGCUGCUGCUGCACACCACGCCACACUACAAGCAACAACAACAACAACAACAGCAACAACAACAACCAUGUGGCUGCAGCUGGCGCAACAACAACAACAACAACAACAACAAUGGGCCUGAGGAUGAGUUCGAUGUGUUAUCCCUGACGCCGCCGCCGCCGCCGCUGAGCGUCUUGAGUUGGGGCAGCGAUGGCUACUACCAGGCCAGCGCCGCCUGGUGGGGCCACAUGUGAGGAGGCGGAGGCGCAGGCUGAGGCGAAGGCGGAGGCGGGGCAGCAGCAGGGCGCGGAGCACCUCACGCACUUAACAGAUUCUGGUUGUGGGACUUUCAAUGUGCCAUUUUGUUUACUUAAGUCGCGUCGCCAGCUGGCAAAUCCGAAUACAAAUCCGAAUACAAAUCCGAAUACAAAUCCGAGUACAAAUCCGAAUACAAAUCCGAAUACAAAUCCGAAUACAAAGCCGAGUACAAAUCCGAAUACAAAUCCGAAUACAAAUCCGAAUACAAAUCCGAAUACAAAUCCGAGUACAAAUCCGAAUUCAAAUCC